AAACGACGUUUUUACAAAACUUCAAUCAUGAAAUUAAAAAAAAAAGAUAUGGUUGAACGUGGUAGUACCCCAUUUGACCAUGCAUACAUGAACGUUAGUGUUUUUACUCAAGAGAAAAUCAAGAAAAGAAUAUGGAAGAUGAUAAACGACAUAACAAAGUUUCAAAAAGUUGACCCUGAGACUAUAAGGACCAUGGUAAAUUUUUCUGAGAAAAAUUACGAGAAAAUGAUCAAGGGUGAACAUGAGGCAAUUC